UGCAGGUCGAAAAACUGACGUUUGUCAAACUUUUUAUAGGUUAUUGAGAUGAUUACUAAAAAGUUUACUAUUUACCAAAUAACACCAUUACAUUGCUUCCAGUGUAAUGUUUGAACUGCUCAUCCCAAUCUCAGCUUAAAUCGUACCUUUGGCCGAAUAAUUACGAUCGAUUCCAAAUGGAUCAAUCGCAGGAAGUGGAUAAAGCCAAUGCAGAUCCACAGCUGCAAAUGCAAACUCUGGAAAUGGCAAACAAGAAAAUGACCGAAGAAUUCAACGCUCAGAGGGCCAAAAUGAAGGACUUGUUUCUGCAAAAAGAAGCUGAGCUAUCAAGGAAACAUGAGGAAAACAAUCUACUUAUGGAUCAAUUGAAGAAACUGAAAAAUGAACUUGAUGAUGUUAAAAGCCAAUUGGUGGUGGACAGCAUGCGGGAAUCGGAUUUUGAAGAUGAAAAACGAAAAGCCGAAGAAGAAAUUGCAUCACUACAAAGAUUAAUCCAUGAAACUGUAGAAGAAUCCAGCUCGAACCGAAGUCUCUAUGACCACGAUUUACAAAAACUGCAGGCCUACAUUCAGUAUCUACAGAAGGAAAACGAGCAGCUAAAACAUCAGAAUAAUCAGUACCAACAACAAUCUACUAGUCAGGAGCACAGUUUGGCGCCCAGCGUUAUGAUAAACGCUCUAACGAAAGGAAUUGCAAAGAAACUCGAUGCAUUUGGUGGAUCACAAGAUGAAAAGUCCGAAAAGACUCUCGAGGAUAUAGAGGUGUUGCGCUCGUUGGUCGACCCCUUAGAAGAGCAAAUCAGAGCGCUGAAGGAGAAACUGCGGGCAACCGAUGAGCAGUUACAGAAGUGCAGGGAAUGUCGUCAUCUAGUAAAUGAGUCCAUUAAACCAACACCAAAUCAAACACCAGAAAAGACGAAUCUACAAAUCUCCGCCUCAACCAAUACGUCGUUUGAGAUGCCGAAGAGUGACAUUCUCCCAUGUGAUAUGUGCAGCAAUUAUGAGGCGCAGCUAGUAAAAGAACAACAGCAUGUGAAUGAGCUAAAAUUGCAAGUGUUGGUCGCAGAAAAAGCCGCCGAUCGCCACAAGGAGGAUUUGCUCAAAGAAAUCGGAUUCAGGAAAGAAAUGGAAGAGAAAUGGAAUGAAAAGCGAGAAGAGCACAAACAGCAAGUGGCUGAACUCACGCGAACCACUGACUGUACUCAGCAAGAUUUGAUCGAACUUCGGCAGUAUUUUAAUCAAGUCUCAAAGGAGAUGAGUGCAGAGUUGCUGAAAUUAACCAAAGAUAGGGAGCAAAUAUAUCAUGAUCUCGAUAAAUUGCAAACAGAAAACGAAAAUCUGGUGGGAAAGUACACCAUCCAUUCCCAACAGUUGCAAAGCGAAUUUAUCGAUUUACCCGAUACAGUGGAGGAAUUACAUGAGCUGGUGCUUAAAAAUCAACAAGAAUUGAUCAUCACAAAGGUUGGAAAAGAAGCAGCUGAAGAUAACGUUAAAAGCCUGCAGUCUAAAAUUGAUUUACUGAAUAGCCAAAUUGCUCAUUAUAAACACGAAAAGAAAGCCGUGGCAGAAUCUGCAGAUAUUGAAAUUAAAUAUUUAAGGGAGCAGAUUGAAAUUCUCGAAAAAGAGAAAAAGCAGUAUUUAGCUAAAAAUGUAAAUAUUAAGGAAAGAGAAGAACAAAUAAAACAGCUUUCAGAUAAUAUAGUAAAACUACAAAAUCAAAACCACGAACUAAAAACGCGACUUCAUUCGCAACAAGAGGAUCUAGAGAAUGCUGAAGCUGUUCAACGCGACUUGGUAAAACUAUCGCAAAACUUACAGAUACAAUUUGAAAAAAUUCGCGAAGCAGACCACCAAGUACGAUGGCAGCAUGAGGAAGACAUCGAGGAAUGUUCAAAUUGUCACAUACCGUUUUCCAAUUCCAAGCGAAAACAACAUUGCAGGCAUUGCGGUCAGAUUUUUUGUCCGAACUGUGUGGCUCGUGUUGUUCAGUCGGGGCCUAAUAUGAGGCCGUCUCAUGUUUGUGAUGUCUGCUACACUUUACUAGUCAAGACUUCGGCUCCUUACUUCAGUAAAGAGCUUCCAACGACUUGAAUUGGUAGGUUUUAAAUUUACUUAUGUUAUGUUAUGUAUGAAAAGUUUAUUGUUCAGAAAAAAACGUACCUUCAUUGCGUAAAUUGUCGCAACUCCAAAUGUGUAGAAUGUUUACAGUUACUAUCGCCUCUAUUACUUUUUGGAAAUAUUUUGUAAAGUUAAAAUAAAUCUAGGAAAAAGUGACUAUAGGUAUACGUUUUUUGAACGCCUAUGUUUGCUGCUUUAUGAAAAUAAAUAUUCAGUUUUAUUGAUCAAAUUAAAUCCAUAAAUUUUAAUCUGAAA